AUGAGAAGCCCACUACCAGGAGGGUCAUUUCUAUCAGCAACGUUCGACAAGAUGGAGACAGCUGCCUUGAUAGCGGUGCCUUUCGACUUAAUAGGGCUCAUGUUCUCCGGAAUAUAUCUCAACUUAGCCAGCGCUUCUCCCUACUACUCUUGGCUAAGAUACAUCUCCGGGUUCUACUAUGGUACUGAGUCGAUAUCCAUCCUACAAUGGGACCUGGUUGAUAACAUCAGCUGUGCGGACGCUGAAGGCAUGCCUUGCAUCAGGACUGGUGCCGAAGUCCUCAACAGAUUUGGUUACGAAGACUCCCAUUUCUGGAGGAAUUUCACCAUGGACGGUAACACUAUUAUUGUAAGACUAAAGGGUGACAGGAGGCUAAAGAACGAAUUCAACGGCUAA